CAAGAACAAGAACAAGGGAAGUGUUGAACUUGUGUUGAAGACGUCGGUAAGGAUAUAGCUGAGCUCUUCGGUGGACUCCUUUAGAAACAGAAAGAAGCAAAAGGUGGAUUUUAAGUGAAACCUAAAAGUUGUAUCUGGUGAAGAUCACCUGACUCCAGCAAACAUGGAUGAAAAACCCACCUGUGACCAGUGUGGGAAGACUUUCACCCUAAGGAGUAGCCUUAAGAGACACCUACGCAUCCACAGCGGAGAAAGACCAUAUGACUGUAACGAGUGUGGGAAGAGUUUCACCGCGGCGUUUACCCUUAAGACACACCUACGCAUCCACAGCGGAGAAAGACCAUAUGACUGUGACCAGUGUGGGAAGACUUUCACUCGAAGGGGUAACCUUAAGACACACCUACGCAUACACAGAGGAGAAAGACCAUAUGUCUGCCAAGAGUGUGGGAAGACUUUCUUCUACAUUAACCGUCUUCAGGCACACCUACGCAGCCACAGUGGAGAAAGAUCACAUGAGUGUGACCAGUGUGGGAAGACUUUCACCCAAAGGAAUAAACUUAAGAUACACCUACGCAUCCACAGUGGAGAAAGACCAUAUAACUGUGACCACUGUGGGAAGACUUUCAACCAAAUGAAUAACCUUAAGACACAUCUCCGCAUCCACAGUGGAGAAAGACCAUAUGAGUGUGGCCAGUGUGGGAAAACUUUCAUCCAAAGGAAUAAACUUAAGAUACACCUACGCAUCCACAGUGGAGAAAGACCAUAUAGCUGUGACCAGUGUGGGAAGACUUUCACCCAAAUGAUUCACCUUAAGACACAUCUCCGCAUCCACAGUGGAGAAAGAGCAUAUGAGUGUGACCAGUGUGGGAAGACUUUCACCUGGAUGAAUAACCUUAAGAUACAUCUCCGCAUCCACAGUGGAGAAAGACCAUAUGGCUGUGACCAGUGUGGGAAGACUUUCACCCAAAUGGAUAGCCUUAAGACACACCUACGCAUCCACAGCGGAGAAAGACCAUAUAACUGUGACCAGUGUGGGAAGACUUUCGCCCAAAGGGGUAACCUUAAGACACACCUACUCAUCCACAGAGGAGAAAGACCAUAUUACUGUGACCAGUGUGGGAGUACUUUCACUCAGGCGUCUAAUCUUAAAGCCCAUCUACGCAUCCACAGUGGAGAAAGACUAUAUGACUGUGACCAGUGUGGGAAGACUUUCACCCGAAUGAAUCACCUUAAGACACACCUACGCAUCCACAGUGGAGAAAGACCAUAUGACUGUGACCAGUGUGGGAAGACUUUCACCCAAAUGAUUCACCUUAAGAUACACCUACGCAUCCACAGCGGAGAAAGACCAUAUAACUGUGACCAGUGUGGGAAGACUUUCACCCAACAGUCUACCCUUAAGAUGCACCUACGUAUCCACAGAGGAGAAAGACCAUAUAACUGUGACCAGUGUGGGAAGACUUUCACCUACGCAUCUACCCUUAAGAUACACCAACGCAUCCACAGAGGAGAAAGACCAUAUUUUUGUGACCAGUGUGGUAAGACUUUCACCCACGCACCUACCCUUAAGACACACCUAUGCAUCCACAAAGGAGAAAAGGGAAAGUUUGAGUGUUACAGAUGUGAAAAAAGAUUCUUGUCACCCUCUGCCCUCUCCUGUCAUCAGCGCAGAUGUGACUCAUCAACGUCUGGACCAAAAAGUUCUUCAGCGUCGGAAGACAAGAAGAAGCGCUGUGUGUCUGAACCAGCACCACCGACUAGUUUUGAUAAAAACAUCAAACUUAAAAACCUCCAGAUCUGGCUCCAUAGAAUCCAGAUGUGAAGACAAACACCAGACUGUAAGCUGCAUUUUUUUUGUCCGCAGAGUAAAGAAGUGUGCUCUAAUGCACCACCCUCACAAAACAGUGAUGUUACAGAACCUCAACCUGCCACAACAUGUAAAGUUAAACCAGUGGAGGCCAACAAGGACGCGGUUUCAAUGAGGAUACUACUUCUUAUUGACUUUGCGGAAAUUUAAUCAGUCACUUGUUCUUAUGAUUCUGUUUCUGGUUGAGGUUCACACCAGUUUAGUUCAUCCCCUGAAAUGUUCUACUCUGUGCAUGUGUGAAUUAACUGUUGCACAACUGGAAGAACACCCUUGGUUGAAGGUGUCAGAGUCCUGAAUUCAUGUGGUUUUGCAUCAGUCAUAAGCAACAUGUUGAACAUAAUAUGGAUGAGACAGAAUGACUGAUGAGCUUGUAGUGGUAUAGCCCCAAACUGAGGCCAACAACAUGAAGGAGAUCACAUUCCAGUUGAGGAGGAAGUUCACAACUACUAAAGGACACAUGACAGACUUAAGCUGGAUUUAUGGUCGCACGUAGCUCUACGUCAUGUAGGUACACCAUAUCUGGUGGUUAUGUGCUCUUGCACUUGAGCAUAUUGUAGCUGUGUCAUUUUGAGAAAGUGUUGCAGUUUCCCUCUAAAUCAGAAAGUGGUAGGAGUGCUGGUAUCGGCUUGUUUUAAAAGUGAGACUCUACACUGUGGAGUUGUUUUCAUGUGUGAUGGUUGGAAAACAACAAAGACUUUGUGGAGAAUGGAUGUGCUUCAAUCAGGCAAGCCGUUUAUUUGUGCACAAAUGAGAAAACUGACAGACGAAGCUUCGCCCUCUCUCAAGAGUCAGUUCUACCUAAUACAGAAAAUCAGUCUAAC